AUGGCGACUAUAUUCAGCGACAAGGCGAUCGUUGCCGCAGCGUCGCUUGCUUCGAUUAUUGCCAUCGGUGCGUGCUUCAUCGCGAUUCCGUCGCUCUACAACGAGAUCGAGGAUCUACAUAAUAUGGUGCUAGAUUCAGUGGCGACAUUUCGUGGGGAGACCGAUUCGGCGUGGGUCGAAUUGAUGGGCGUACAAGUUACCGUGUCGCCGCCGUCGAAAUCCCAUGAAAAUCCGUUCGGAUCAGUUUUUCGUCAAAAAAGACAACAACUACCACCUUGGUGCAUUUGCGAAACUCCAAAGAUCACUUGUCCGCCCGGGCCACCUGGCCUACCUGGUCCACGUGGACAGCCUGGCACUCCAGGCAAGCCUGGUCCUCCAGGAAAGGAUGACACAACUACUUACGCUCCUAUUCACUGUCCAGCACCCAAUCGUACUUGCAUACAAUGCCCUAUGGGACCCCGAGGACCAGCAGGGGAUCUUGGACGUCCAGGCCCACCAGGAAUGGAUGGCAAACCUGGUACUCCUGGAUCUCGCGGACAAGCUGGCAAGCCUGGCGAGAGAGGUCCACCAGGAGACAAAGGUGCUCAGGGAGAGCGAGGAACAGACGGACACCCAGGGGAGCCCGGUAAGGAUGGAAGAAAAGGCGGUGGUAAACAAGGGCCGCCAGGACCACCUGGAUCGCCUGGGGAACGUGGAAAACCUGGAGCCGGUGGUAAGGAUGGCCCACCGGGUGCACCUGGCCAACCGGGACCGGCCGGAAAGGCAGGUUCCCCCGGAAACAAAGGCGAGGAUGGUCGCCCGGGCUCUCCUGGCUCGGCUGGGAUUCCCGGGAAGGAGACUCAUUACUGUCCUUGUCCUUCACGUGGUACGACGAAGGUGGCAAAGAAGUCUUGA